UUCUCUAUCCUCUGGUGUCUCCCAUUUUUCUAACAAACUCCCUUUCCAUCUCCUGAUCAUCAUCAUUCACCUCAAAGAAGCUUCUUAUAUCCAGCUGCCUCAUUCUGCUUUGCUCGCUGUGUCACUGGGCACUCCCUCAAAAUGGGAGGAUCUCCCUGCUGCGACACCACCUCCUUGAAACGUGGCCCUUGGACGCCUGAAGAAGACCGGAAGCUCCUAGCCUACAUCCAAGAACACGGCCAUGGGAGCUGGCGGUGCGUGCCCGAGAAUGCUGGUCUUCAAAGGUGUGGGAAGAGCUGCAGACUGAGAUGGACGAACUACCUCAGACCUGAUAUCAAGAGAGGCAAAUUCAGCUUACGGGAAGAGCAGACCAUUAUUCAACUUCAUGCUCUUCUAGGCAACAGGUGGUCAGCUAUAGCAACCCACUUACCAAAUAGAACAGACAAUGAGAUCAAGAAUUAUUGGAACACACAUCUCAAGAAAAGGUUGGCCAAGAUGGGAAUAGACCCUGUAACUCAUAAGCCCAGCCAUGCCGUUCUAACCUCCCCUAAUGGUGACUCAAAGAACGCAGCUAACCUCAGCCACAUGGCUCAGUGGGAGAGCGCCCGGCUCGAAGCCGAAGCCAGGCUGGUCAAAGAUUCAAAACUCCGCCAAACUCAGCAUGCCUCUGCUUCUGCUCCUGCUCCGGCUCAGCUGCUUAACAAAAUGGCUACUAGGCUUACACCUCCGCGUCGUCUUGACGUACUAAAUGCAUGGGAAAAUGUGGGAUCAAAAUUGAAGAUUGGCAGCAGCGGUAGUAACCGUGAUAUCCCAUCACCAACCUCAACGUUGAGCUUCCUGGAAAACGUUUCAACAAUUUCAAGAGUGGAAUCCUCUGAAAUCACUGGAAUUUUGGGCACGUUAGGGACUGAAAUCGACGCGUUUGGGACACAACAAUGUGACAUCAAUAUGACAUGGACCAUGGAAUCUACUGAUGAAAAUGCGAAUUUCGUUCAUCUUCUUCUUAGUAGGUCUGGUGACGGCAUCCUCACCAACGGUGGAAGAGAUGGUGAAGAACUUGAAGACAACAAGAAUUAUUGGAAUGACAUUAUGAAUUUGAUGACCUGCCAACCAUCCCGUUCGCCCAACCUCUAAAUCGCACCCUUUCAUGCCAAACUAUUUUUUGUGUGUGUGUGUGUGUUUUUUUUUUUUUUUUUACAAUAAAAGAUAUGUGAUAAUAAAUUAGUCAACCUGUUUCAAUCGUGUGCUUAA